AUGCAUUCAAUUAACCACUCGGAUUGCUUUCAAAAUCUCACCCAAGAAGAACACUUCUUUCAGCACGAAAAUGCGGCUGAAGUCGAAAAAAUGUUUCUGCAUUAUCACGGUUAUCUUCUCGGAUCGUUAGCUAGUUUAGCUAUUCUCUUUUCGACAGCAUUUAUUGCCGCGCAAUUACGUGUGAUUCGACUACGAGAGGGAUCUCGAAAAUAUCAUGCUUUAUUGCUCAAUCGAGCAAUUGGUGAUCUAAUCGGCGCAUCGACAGCUGUCAUUUCGGCCAUUCUUGCCAUAUUCGUCCCAACAUCUAUUACUGCCAUUGCUGCUUUUAUUGGAUGCUUUUUCUAUUCGACUUUUUGGACGGCUUUUGUCUCGUAUACUUGUCUCUCGUUGGUCAAGCUGUACGCAGUGUGGAAACCAUUUCUCUAUCGUCGAGCGUUUACUUUCAAGAAAUGUUUGUACAUUAUUGGUGUCAGUUGGAUCAUUUUCGUUUGUUGUGGUUCACUUUGCGUGGGAGCGAUGAGUCAUUUACAUGUGGGAUGGGUGGCAGAAUGGCAUGGAUUUCGCUACCUGUUCUCUACGUUUUUCUGCUUUGACUACGCGUUCACGAUAGUGACUUUUCUAGUAACGGCAGCCAUCCUAAAGAAAGCGAGUAAAGUCGCUUUGUUAAAGAGUAAAAAUGACGGCCGUUCCACGCAACAACGUUCUCGCUCACAGAUUCCCUCUUUGGAAGCUGGCACUAAACGUGAGCACAUUUGCCGUUUUUCAAUCGCCUCACGUUGUAUGGAAUCUCUACUUAUUGACAAAAAAAGAUUGUCUUUUUCGAAUACACUCUUCGGAAACGAUUGGAACACAAGCUUUUGUUGGCGCUGCUGUUCUUUUGCGAAUCAUUAUGGACUUUUUGCUUUCGUUAAUCACCGAUUCACAGUUUCGUCAUUUCUUUCUCGAUUGCUUUGGUGUUUCACGAGAAUGUUUCUGUUUUCGGAUCACCUCUCAAUUAUCGACAACGCGAAACAUUUCAACGGAUUCUGCAUCUCAAAAACGACGAAAGAGCACUCAACAGUCGACUAUCGCUUAAUUAAAAAGUCUCAAAACAUCUACAAAACAUCUACAAACACAAAACAAAACAAAACAAAAAUUUAUGAUUUGCUGUUGACAAUUCAAAGUUUCUCGGCGAUUGAUUCAGAAGCAAGCGUU